UCGUGCCACAGUCGGAGGCAGACGUCGGAGCUGCGCGGCUGUGUUUGUGUGUGCGUGUGUGUAUCUGCACCCAUAAUGCUCCCGCUCGGAUGCUAAUUCCCCGCUCCUGAUUGGACUUAAAGAGGACAGCUGGGGUUGUCUUUUUUUUCGGGGGGGGGUGCAUGCUGGGAGCUCCGCCAGGGAAUCAUCACAACAAUAUUAAUAAUAAAAGGUGGGGGUGAGGUGUCAGGGAGGGUGGGGGGGGGGGUAAUUUUACGCCACGCUUGAGCAAUGUUCCGCGGGAUUCUCUGUGUGGUCACAAAGGCUUUUCCCGCUCGUUAAUGGACCGAUGGGGGGACGCGGCGGCGGCUUGCCAUGCUUGAAUCCCACCUCCGCGUCCCAGAGCUUCUUGGUGACCGCUUCCAGAUCCACCGAGGACCCCCCCAGUACCCUCCCCUCACCCCCAAAACCCUCAACCAUCCCUUUUGUCCCUGGUCUGUACCUCUGGCUACUUGAGUGUAUUCACCCCUUCUGAUGCCUAAAUGAUCUCGUGGACCUCCUCGCUGCUCCGCCGCCGCCCCCUGAGCCCCUCCACAUUCCGGCAUGUUGCUUCACCGGGGUUGAUCCCCCUUUCACUCUCCCGUUACCCACCCUCCUUCCAAUCUGCUGUCCUCUGACCCUUUUGUUUUUAUCACCCCCCUAGCCUUUUCACCCUCUUUCUCCCAAACUCCUCUCCCCCCAUGACCAUGUUGCCAUGUGUCUGCUGGCUCCAGCCUGUCCUCAUGGUGCUGACGUCUGUGUUCUGGACCCGGGGGGAGAACUGCCCAGCGACCUGCCUGUGCCCGGACCCCCACACUGUGGACUGCAGCGGACGCGGGCUGACCCACCUCCCGGACGAGAUCCCCCUGGACGUCCGCCGGCUCCUGCUGGCUGACAAUUGGAUACCCCUCAUCCCCUCCGACUUCCUUGUUCUGUACAGUGACUUGGUCUACCUGGACUUGCGGAACAACACGCUCUCCUACAUUGAACCGGGGACCCUCAGCACCUCCUCCAGGCUGGUCUUCCUGGACCUCGGCAGCAACAACUUGACAGAAAUCCCCAAGGGCACGUUCGGGGAGUCCCGAAGCUUGAUCAAACUGCGACUGGGCAACAACCCCUACCUGAGCAUGGUGAGCGAGGACGCCUUCUUGGGCCUCACGUCUCUCCGGGAAUUGGAACUGGAGCGUAACGCGCUGUCGAGCCUCAAGGUGGGCGCGCUAAGUCAGCUGCCCUCUCUGCGGGUGGUGCGGCUGGAGGGCAACCCCUGGGUGUGCAACUGCAACUUUGCCAGCUUGUUUGGAUGGCUCAUGGAGAACAGUCACAAGCUUCCCAACGGAGUGGAAGGCAUGGAGUGCUCCCUCCCCAUGGACGGCCGCCGCGUGUCCCUGACCCAGCUCUCCAAGGACAGCUUCCGCGAGUGCCAGGCAAGCCUGACUCUAACAGACCUGCUCAUCAUCAUUUUCUCGGGCAUCUCCGUGUCUGUGGUAGCCAUCAUGACCAGCUUCUUCCUGGCUUCCACCGUCCACUGCUUCCAGCGCUGGAGUAAAGGCUCCAAGGGCGACGAGGAGGAGAGCGAAGAGUGAAAAGGAUGUACUUUUAUAAAGGGCUCGUCGGAUCCGGAUGUUUCUUGUGUGGACAAGACUCCACAUACAGAAGAAGUGUGCAACGCAGUGACAGAUUUGUGCUGCUUCCUACCUGGUGAACGUCCAGGAUUGUUUUAUGGAAGGAUCUCAGCCUGGUACCAUUCUUAAUUUCUUUGCAAAGGGGCAUCAAAGUACAGUAUUGUAUGAAAAGUCAAUCCUGAGGAGUAGAUAAUAUUAGUGGGCUGCUCAGCUCCACUCCAAAUGAUUUCACUUUUUUCAAACAUAGCUUGGGUAGCAAUUUACAUAGUUUGCUAUAAAAGAAGCCACAGCGAAAAGAUUGGGCUGUGUUCACACCUGUAGCUUGGUACUCUUGUUCGGACCAAAGUUUAUAAAAAAGAUAUAAAAGAUACUGUCCUAUUAGGUGAGGUUGGAUUUUUAUCAUCGUACUAAUUUUCACAAAACUCAAAUUGUCCAAACCAGCAAAGAUGUCAGAUGUGUAGAAAUGAGCUAAGGAUUGGCCUUUUGAAAACUAUUUUCCUAUGUUUAAUAAUUUAUACAGUUUCGCUUUUUGAAUUGAACUAGUGAGAAAAAAAAAUCUUCUUUUCUACGAUAUUCUAAUUUGUUGAGAUGAACCUGUUCAAAUAGUUUGGUCUUUUGAGUGCCUGCUUGCCCUAGCAAGUGUGUCUACUGCAUGUCCCACAUGCACAGAUCCUCAACAUUAAUUGACCAGGGCAAUUUGGUAGCUUGUUAAUGAAGUGUUGCCUCCAUGAGUGAAAAUACAAUUGAGAAUUUUACUGUCUUUAUGUUUUUUGGUUUUUUUUUCUAACUCUACACUCCUGCAACAUCCUGCUAACAAAAGCCGUACUUGGCUCUCUGUGGUGUAGUGAGCAGUAUUUCAUUUGCAUGAGACAGGCCCGCCCCCUCAAAACAGGCUCAGGCUUGAAAAACAGGGUGAAAGGAAGCGAUAAUGCUUGAUCCUUGGGAGUAUUUUGACAAAACCGUGUCACAUACAUCAUUCAAGUCCUUGUAAAGUGAAAGUAAAUAUGGCUUCUACAUUAGACACGCCACAAAGAAGAGUGUUGUGAACAACCCUGGCAAAUUGGACUCAUUAAAAGAACCAGCAAGUGUGUACAGUAAAAUGAGGCUUAACACUCAUGACAAAUCAAGCCAUUGUCUCUGCUCUCAAACGCUGUGGGCAUGUCCACUGAAUCUGUGAAAUCACGCCCCACUGCAAAAUGGAUGCUACUUCGUCUAGCAUCUUUUUUAUGCCUACAUAUCUCUACGUGUGGCAGCUGCAAAAAUACAGUACUGUAUAUCUGCUUAAAGCCACCAGUGGCUGGAGUAUUCCCCACCGGGUCGUCGCAGGGCUUUCUACGCCGUGACGAGAGGAGCUAGCCACCAGUUAGCUUGUGAGCUAACAGGCUUGGGCCUAGUAAUAAUGACAAAGUAACUCGAAACCACUGAUGCGAACGAAGGCGCUCAAGUUGUAUAUAGUGGGGGAGGGCGAAACUCAUGCCAGGCACCCAUUUGCGUCACUUGGUGUCGUUUUAGCUGAAAUUGAAAAACUGAAAUGGUGAAAAUCAGUGAAAUGCUAUCUCUGAGUACUGAGCACUACAUAGUUCUGUCUUUGCACGUGUUUUCAGUGCUUAUCUUCAAACAUAUGUUUUUACAAUCAAAUCUCUGAAUUCACUUUACCUUGGAAGGGUUACAAAUUGGAAAGAAAUGCUUGUCUCCUUUAAUGCUGGUCUGUGUCUGUGGUCCAUGUUAACUGAACCCUAGUCCACAUAUAAGUGAACCAAGACCACCUGCUCAAGAGGUCUCGGUCCGCUUGUUUGGUUCAAAUGUGAGCCUUGUUACACUCGACCCAUACAAGUGUGAACACAACCGUUACAAUCAACUUUUCUGAGGGUUACUGUGACACUAUAAGAUGAUCACACAUACCCUAUGAAAUAUCCGGAAGAUAUUUUAUAUACAAUGAUCUCAAUAUUUAUUCCCCCCUUCCCUGUAUGACAUCACAUCCUGUCAUUCACGCCGUCUGUUUUGCUACCAGGCGAGAAAACAACGGACGGGCAAAUUCCACGGUAUACUAUAUAGUCACACACAUGUAUGUGGAAAAUUAAAACAAACAUCAUCGUAUAAAUCCAGAGAAUAUACUCUUUCAUUAGCUUGAUGUAGAAAGCUUAACUAGCUCUGAGUAUAAUCCUCACAAUUAGGGCAAAAAACAAAAACAAAAAAUGUGGUAUUAUAAAUGAAUACAAUGAGUACAUGUACAACUAUCGUGUCAAUGAAUGCACUUUAAAUGGUGAAUCUAAUUAUGUGACAGCCCUAAUUACACCAUUCUGACUGCUUUUGUACUCAUCUGCCAAAGAUCAGGUUGAAGUGAAGAGAGCCUUUAGGAUUUUUAUUUGAUCUAUUUCUCUAAUUUCAGCGUUUCCAACUCAAUGAGCCAUCAUUGUCACUUUACUGCCAGGCCCCUCGAAACCCUUUGACAUACGUAAGAGCCCCCAUAAUAACCAGUCACUUAAUAAAUCAUCGUUACCACGGGAAUCGCCGUUCCCUUGUCGUGCUUUUAAUAGUGUUCUUCCGAGGUAUGACGAUAAUGAUUUUACAGGAGAGGUUUGAUUAACAAAAAAACAUGACAGCCGCAUUUCUCAUUUUGAUUGAAGGUGACCUGAAUGUGUUAAUUGCAUUCUGGGUUGAGGAAUGCUCAAAACCUGGACUGCUGGUGUUUGCAUUAAAGAAUUGCGCAGUGAGAUGGGAAUAAUUGUGUCACACUGAGAUAAGGAAUGGAAAGAAUGACCAAAAAAAAAAAAUGUCAAGAUACACGAUGCCGGAACGCCUGUGUUGGUUGGUUUAGAAAUAAUAUGUUGUGGUGACCUUGAGCGUGAAGCAUUCCCAACGUUUGUCUGGUAAAAGAAGACAAGGAAUGAAAGAUAGCCAUCUUUAUAUCACCAUAACAUGCAAAAUCACUGGUAAAGCGGGGUAUGGACAUAUACGGACAAUCAUGACACAUUUCAACAUUUUCCUUCCCUUUAGAUUAAAGUUAGCAAAGGCCUGAUUAGCAGAAGUCUGUAAAAGAUGAUCCUGAGCGCUUAUCUUGUGGUGGUGUUGGUUAAUUCUUCUCCGAUAUGAUCGGAAAAUAAUCAGGGCCGACAAUUGUAAAUCGUCAUGAUCGCAAUUCCUUAUGUUUGCGGUCAAGAACUGAUUUCGGCCAAGCCACGGUCUCCGGGAUUGUUAAAUGAAACGGAACAAUAGCAAAUUAGGAAGCAACCUGUAUUUUCCUGAUCUCGUAAACACUGUAUGCCCUGUAGUACCAUGCUGCCUCUCAUAGGUCAAUCUUAGUACUACAACAGACAUCUGGCUCAGCGGGGGGAGCCUCACGAUUGUCGUCGGAAAUAUUGUGUGUGUGGUGUGCUGUAUUCGUCAUCUCAAGUAUACCACAAACUAUAAGACACGUAUGAACAGCUGCUGAUGUUUUUUCAUCGUCAUAUGUGGGGUCUCUCACGUUUAAAAAAAAAAAUAAUCGGUUAGGAUAUUAUCAAUCGGCAUGUGUGUACCCCGCUUAAAAUCUGUUGUGUGUUAACUGUGCUGCAAACCUAAAAAAAAACAAAAAUCACCUUAAAUUCUCAUUUUAACUACUGUUCAAAAUUCUAAUGAGCUUCUUUGUUUAUCCUAAUAUUUUUGUCGCCCAAAAUGUGUGUUGUUGUUUCAUUUUAUGGGACUUGAAAGCAAAUGGGGUUUCAUACAUCUAGCUCUGUAAAUAAGCUUGACGACAUACCUUGGCAGAUAAAUAGGUGGUAACCAAACCACAGGAAACAAGAGGUAUUUAAAACAGGGAGGGGAUACAAAAUCUACGCCCACACUAAUGAUAUCUGUAAAGUUCGCUGAAAUCCGCCAAAACGUACAGCUAUAAAGUAGGGGUCCUGAGGUUUAUGUCAUGGCAUUCACCAUUUCAAGGUUAUGGACCGCAUGCUAUAAACUAGUUUGCACAGCGACAAAAGAAGGCAAUGUUCAGUUACCGCCGCACUUACUGUUUUAGCAUAUAUUUUGUUUUAUAUUUUUGGUCUUGAUGUGUUUAUCAUACAAAUAUUUACUGUACUUAUGCAAUUUACUACUGAAUUAGCAUAGGUUAGGAAUAGGCUACGGCUUUUUUGGACUAACAAACAAAUUCAGAUAAUGGUGUCAGUCUGAGAAACUGAAUUUUGUCCUAAACCGAGGACCCCCUGUAAACUCGUCACAAAAUGUCUGGUUUUUGACACCAAUAUGACAACUCGUACGCCGCACUUUGUGAUGUCGCUCUUCUAUAAACACAGCAAGGAGAAAAUUGGAUGCUAUUGUCUGUGAAAUAAAGAGGAUAGACUGCCAACGCCCUGCCGCGAAUAGCGAAAAGCAGCGAGUAAAUGAUGCCUCCUCCCUAAAUGAUUUAGAAUUGCCUAUAGUUGCACAAAGAUUUUGGCAAAUCACAUACAUGAAUCUCCUCAACUUAGGUAAACAUAGUUUUGGGGCACAAAUAUGCCGCAAUAUGGCGCCAAUACUUUUCUUGUAGACGUGGCUUUGGCCUGAGAACGAAGAUAGCAAAUGGGUAAAUCUGAGUCGCAAAUUUGUGGAGAAUCACUGUACUGAUGAAGGUCUCUUAUUUCCUGGAAUUUUACAGUAUGUCGAUGUAUUUUGGUUGGCUAGCGAACUACUCUCCCUACUGACUUGGACUUGUCCCCCCUGCCCUCUGCCAUUUGCUUAGACAUUACAGUGAAUAAUCACUGGUUACUCAGAAAAGUGGUGGGAAUUUGUAGAUCCCAAAGCUGAUUAGCAUAACGACGCUACGAAAGAAGCUAGUUUACGUGUUCCGGAAUCAAAUGGCACAAAAUCCCAAGACAUUGAGUGUUUUAUUUUAUAGAAUCCAAAAGGGACUUUGUUUUUAUACAUAUCAUUAUGGGUUCCAACUACUGUGUAGUUGCUGUAUUGACAAACUCUUACGUUAGCUUAGCUCUUUGCUCUCGACGCAUAUGUUCGCAUGACAUGACUUCAUUUCUCUCGCAAACACCGGGACAUUAGAGCAUGCACUGCUGGAUUAACUACUCUUAGAUUCAUGUCUAUUUUUAUAUUAAACCUUUCAGAAUGGAGUGUUCAUUUACUGCCAGGCCCCUCUGGGUCAGUGUUGACAUUGCAGACCCCCCAGUGGCCACCUCUCGCACACGGCUUUGUCAGAUGGAUAUUGAAGACGCCCCAUCUUAAAGAGAGGUGACAGGUCAGAGUCAAAUGAAGAUUAUAAACAGCAACGACCGUGACGCCGUCGUUGCACAUGAAUGCAUUUCAAAAUGUCAAACACGUUGUAUGUGUAGCUGUAUCUUAUUGUUUGGUUUAAAAAAAACACAAAUAAAUACCUUUUUUUCUGUCUU